AAACAAUUUCCUCUUUCUCUCAUUCCUAUUUUAUUCUAUUCUCUCUCUAUAUAUAAAAAUAGGAAGCUAAAAAUAAUGGCGGUUGUAUUUAUUGGUUAUUAGACUAAGAAGAAAGAAGAAGAAGAAGAAGAGAAGAAGCAGCAGUAGCAGUAAACAGUUGUCUUACUGUUGCUACCCAAAAGUUAGAAGAAAAAACCUGAAAAAGGGGGCAACUUUUUCAGUGAAAUACAAGCUGUUUACUUCAUUCUCCUCCUCCUCCUCCUCCUCAUCUAAACCAGUCUUUGUUUGAUUUGGAAUUUGUGCUUCUUCUAAAUGCUCGAUUCAUGACAAAUACAAACGAAUCUUGACUCACUUAUUUUUCUUUGUCUUGGAAGUAGAGAUCUGUAGUGUCUUCCAGGGUUUAAGAUUCAAAUCUUUCCUUAUCUCUUUCCAAAUCUUCAUUUUUAAAGUAUUAUACGUGGUUUGCACUUCAAUGCUUCAUCUUCCUGCUCUAAGUUAUCUUCUUUAGGUUGAGAUCUACAGAUUUCUUGGAAGUUCCCACAGCUUACAUUCUUUUUAACUAACUUGGAUUUGGUUGCUCUGAGAUUCUGAGUUUGAAACCCUAACUUUACUGUACAAGAGGAGAAAUGUGUUUCAUUUUGGGUUGAAAUAUUUUGGAUUUUAGGGUUUGGGGGUGGAAGAACAAACAGGUACGGAUGAGGCUAGAAAGAAGGAUUUCUUUUAGAGAAAUGGGAUUCGGAUGAGUACUAGAUAUAAUUGAAGAUUUCUUUUUUUGGGGGGAUUUAAGAUUGUUAUAAAGAGAAAAGUGAAGUCAUGGUGGGGAAUUUGGUGACGUUGAAGAGGACUUUUGGAUUUGGGCAUCAACUUGUCGACAUUCUAAAAUAUUAGUAAGCAGAUUUUGGUAUAGACUGAGUUUUCAAUAAUGAGGCUGUCUUCUUCUGGAUUAAAUCAGCAGACUCAGGAAGAAAAGAGAUGUUUAAAUUCUGAACUGUGGCAUGCAUGUGCGGGCCCACUUGUUUCUCUACCUGCUCUCGGAAGUCGCGUGGUCUACUUUCCUCAGGGUCACAGUGAACAGGUCGCGGCAUCAACAAACAAGGAAGUUGAUGCUCAUAUCCCAAAUUACCCGAAUUUGUCUCCACAACUGAUUUGUCUGCUACAUAAUGUGACUAUGCAUGCAGAUGUGGAGACGGAUGAAGUAUAUGCGCAAAUGACCUUGCAACCGUUGAGUCCGCAAGAGCAAAAAGAUGCUUAUUUACCUGCAGACAUGGGUACUGCAAACAAACAGCCAACAAACUAUUUCUGUAAAACAUUGACCGCUAGUGAUACUAGUACUCAUGGUGGUUUCUCUGUUCCUCGACGGGCAGCCGAAAAAGUCUUUCCUCCACUCGACUUCUCCCAGCAACCUCCUGCUCAAGAGUUGAUUGCUAGGGAUCUUCACGAUAAUGAGUGGAAGUUCAGGCAUAUUUUUCGCGGUCAGCCAAAAAGGCAUCUCCUUACUACAGGGUGGAGUGUUUUUGUAAGUGCGAAAAGACUUGUUGCGGGUGACUCUGUUCUCUUUAUUUGGAAUGAAAAGAAUCAGUUAUUCCUGGGGAUCCGGCGUGCUCACAGGCCACAGACUGUGAUGCCAUCUUCGGUUUUAUCAAGCGAUAGCAUGCACAUAGGGCUCCUAGCAGCAGCAGCUCAUGCAGCUGCUACAAAUAGUCGAUUCACUAUAUUUUAUAACCCAAGGGCCAGUCCUUCAGAAUUUGUCAUACCUCUAACCAGGUUUGCAAAAGCUGUCUAUCACACCCGAGUUUCUGUUGGGAUGCGCUUUCGGAUGCUUUUUGAGACGGAAGAGUCAAGCGUUCGACGAUAUAUGGGUACAAUUACUGGCGUAAGUGACUUGGAUACUGUUCGUUGGCCAAACUCGCAUUGGCGGUCUGUGAAGGUUGGUUGGGAUGAGUCCACUGCAGGGGAGAGACAACCAAGAGUAUCUCUCUGGGAGAUUGAACCGUUAACAACAUUCCCAAUGUAUCCGUCCCCAUUUCCUCUCAGGCUUAAGCGGCCAUGGCCAUCAGGCCUACCUCCUUUCCAUGGUAAAGAUGAUGAUCUGGGUGUUAGUUCUCCACUCAUGUGGCUCCAAGGAGAUAGUGGGGACAGGGCACUUCAGUCUCUAAACUUCCAGGGCCUUGGACCGUGGAUGCAGCAACCACGGCUUGAUGCGUCCAUGCUUGGUCUGCAACCUGAUAUGUACCAAGCAAUGGCUGCUGCAGCACUUCAAGAAAUGAGGACCGCUGAUGCUUGUAAACAAGGCCCAACAUCCCUUCUCCAAUUCCCGCAGCCUCAGAAUGUUUCCAGCAUUUCUGAUAUCAUGCAGACGCAAAGAUUGCCACAGAGUCAAACUCAAAAUUCCUUUCUUCAAGGCAUUCACGGUGUCCAGACCCAGAUUCAGGCACAGGCACAUGCUCAGGCUCAGGCACCGGCUCCGGCUCAGCCUCAGGCACAACUGCAGUCUCUAACUCAGGCCCAGAUUCAGGCUCUGGCUCAGGCUCAAGUGCAAGCCUUUACUCAGGCUCAGGUGCAGGCCUUUACUCAGGCUCAGGUACAGGCCCUGACUCAGGCUCAGGGGCAGGCCUUGAUCCAGGCUCGAGCUCAAGCUCAGUCUCAAGCACACGCACAUGCCCAAGCUCAGUCUCAAGCACACGCACAUGCCCAAGCUCAAGCUCAGUCUCAAGCACACACGCAGGCCCAAGCUCAAGCUCAGUCUCAAGCACACGCACAGGCCCAAGCUCAAGGUCAAGGUCAAUCCCAGUCUCAGGCGCAAUCUCAGCCUCAAGCACAGUCCCAGUCACAUUCCCAAUCCCAAUCUCAACCCCAGUCCCAAUCGCACUCUCCAUCUCCAUCUCCAUCUCGGGCAAGGGCGCAAACUCAAGUACAAGCUCAGUCUCAAGUUCAUGCACAGGCACAGGCUCAGGCACAGGCACAGGCACAUGCACAUGCACAUGCACAUGCACAUACACAGUCUCAGGUUCAUUCGCAGGCUCAGCUUCUCCAUCAACAACUGAAGCAACGGCAUUCGUUCAAUGAUCAACAGUUUCAUCAGCUUCAACUACAGCAUCAGCAGCAAAUUUCGGAUCAGCAGCAUCAACAGCAGCAGAAUCCAAAUAACGCCUCUGCCCUUUCUCAGAUGCCGUCAGCGUCUCUUUCUCCUACUGCAUCUCUACAAACCAUCUCAUCGCACCGCCAGCAAAAUUUUGCCGAUUCCAGUGGAGUCCCUGCAAGCACUUCUGCUGUUUCUCCACUGCAUAGUCUUCUAGGUUCAUACUCUCAGGAAGAAGCGUCUCAUCUGCUUAACCUGCCUAGAACGAGUCCUCUAGUUUCUUCUGGUGGCUGGCCAUCCAAGCGACCCGCAGUUGAGUCUCUGCACCCUUCUGCUGCAGCAGUUCAGAAUGGUCUAUCCCAUGUUGACCAGUUGGAGCCACGACAAUCAAAUGAGUCUCAGAAUUCCAUUUCGUUGCCACCAUUUCCUCGUAGAGAAUGCUCGGUAGACCAAGAGGGUGGCAGAGAUCCACAUAAUCAUACUCUAUUUGGGAUUAAUAUAGAUUCCACAUCACUUCUAAUGCAAAAUGAGAUGCCUAACCUAAGAGUAAUCAGUGGCGGUGGGACCGAUUCAACAACAUCGCCCUUUGCUGCUUCUAAUUUUCUCGGUUCCGCAGGCGCUGAUUUCCCCAUUAAUCCUACUUCCAGUUGUUUAGAUGAAUCCGGCUUUCUGCAAUCUCCGGAUAAUGUGGGGCAAGUGAAUCCACCAACUAGAACCUUUGUAAAGGUUCACAAAUCAGGGUCCUUCGGGAGGUCUUUGGAUAUUUCAAAGUUCAGCAACUAUCAUGACCUUCGUGGUGAGCUUGCUCGAAUGUUUGGCCUUGAAGGCCAGUUGGAAGACCCUUUGAGAUCAGGCUGGCAGCUUGUAUUUGUUGACCGGGAGAAUGAUGUUCUUCUUCUUGGCGACGACCCCUGGCAGGAGUUUGUAAACAAUGUGUGGUGUAUAAAGAUACUCUCGCCACAAGAGGUUCAGCAGAUGGGCAAUCAAGACCUAGAGGUAUUGAACUCAGUUCAAAGGCUUUCAGGCGGCGGCAGCAGCAGCUGUGAUGACGAUUAUGUCAACCAUCAGGACUCGAGAAAUCUGACUAAUGGGAUUGCGUCCGUGGGAUCGCUUGAUUAUUAAAAACAAUGUUCAAGAAAGAUCACAGUGGAAGACUUUUGCAUGUUAAGGUAAUGCACCAUCAAGUUGAUGCCUAUUCUGUACCUCUCUUAUAUAGGUUACCUAUUAAUCCAUCUUAAAAUGCUUUUAUCUGUAAGAUCUAGCCACAACAUUACUGUAAUUGUAAUACGGUAAUACCUUGUUCCCGCAUGUGCUUCGUGCGAUCAAUAUAAAUCCAAGUAUUUGUCGGGAAAAA